GAGGGCCAGUCAACCCCACCAAUCCGCCGCACACGUGGUCGCGUCUCGUGCACCACUCUCCCACUCUCCCACCACCACCUCCUCAUUCAACCUCCUCCUCCUCCUCCUCAUUCAACCCCUUUGCCCCACCACAUCCUUCAGUCACAUUCAACGAUGCCACCGAGGAAGCGCAACGGCAGCGCAAAGAAGCGCACCAGCAAGAAGGCAAAACAACAACAGCAGCAACAACAACACCAACAACGAGAGGACGACAGCAACAACAGCAGUAAUGUGACGGCAGUGACGACGAAGGAGCAGCCAUCGGAUGCAGCGACGGCGGAACAAGCCACAGUGACGACGACAGUGGAUGACACAAGCAAGGAGCAACAACAACAGCAACAGCAGCAACAGACACAGCAGCAACAGAAGAAGAAGAAGAAGAAGCAGAAGCUCAACAAGAAACAGAAGAAGAAGCUCCAGCAGGAACAGCAAGAGCAAGAGCGGGAUCGGGAAGCGCUCAAGCAAGCUGCAAACGCGCAGAUUGACUGCACCGUGUACUUGCUGCGCCAUGCAGAGCGGGCAGAGAACAUGGAGGAGCAUGAGACGUGGCUCAAGAGCGGCCGCGUGUAUGACCCUCCCAUCACAGAACGCGGGCGCCAGCAGGCGCUGACGGCGUCAGCGCACCUGCAGCAGCGCCACGCAGAGCAGCCCUUUGCCUGCAUCUACUCCAGCCCGCUGAUGCGUUGCAUGCAGACGGCCGUAAUUGUGGCGGACCACCUUGGCAUUCCCAUCCGUAUCGUGCAGGGCCUCGCGGCGUGCACGCGUGCGCUGCGCAACAAGGACAUCACCACCGUCCCCGUCGCAUCCAUGGACGAGCUGCGUGAGACGUGUGGUGCCAUGCUGGCCGCCAUCAAGAGCGACAGCAACAACAACAACAACACGAGCGGCAGCGAGGCGGCAGCGCUGCCGGCCAUGGAGCGGGUGGAGGACUCAGACGCCACGACGGCGUUUGAGGCCGUGCUUGACUGCAUCACCAUGAGCAUGGGCAAGGACGUGCUCUUCUGCGGACACCGCGAGGUUGUGCGGGAGCUGCUGGAGGACGAGGAUGCGCCCGUGCCCAAGGCAUCGCGCAAGCAGAUUGCGUUUGCCAGCGUGGCGGCGUUUGCGUUUAGCGAGGACACGUGCACGUUUGACUUUGCGGGCAUCGACAACACGUACGUGUCUGACGAGACCAAGGAGGAGAAGCGACGCAAGAGGCGGGAGAAGAAGAGGAAGAGCCGCAAGAAGAAGCAGGACAAGAAGAAGGCGCGGGCAGCAAAGCGCGCAGCCAAGCUGGCCGCCAAGCAGCAAGCAAAGGCAGCCCAGGGCGGUGAUGCUGAUGGUGGCGCUGGGGAUGACGAGGCGAAGGAGGAUGUGGUGCAGGAAGAUGGCGAGGCGAACCCAGCCAAGAAGGCCAAGAAAACAACAGCAGCAAAUGGUGAUGGUGAUGAUGAUGGUGCUGAUGAUGAUGAUGAUGGUGAUACAAAGGAGAAAGGUGGGCAAGAGGCACGCGAAGGCGAUGAUGACGAGGAGGAGGAGGAGGAGGAGGAGCAAGGUGAUGAGGAGGAUGAAGAGGGCAUGGAUGAUGAUGAGGAGGAUGAUGAAGAGGGCAUGGAUGAUGAGGAGGAUGAUGAGUUUGAUGAUGAUCCUGACAACUGGUCUGAGUUGGAUGAGAGUGAGCUCACUGCUCUGCAGAACGGAGGCGAUGGGGAGUGAAUGGCAAGCGCAGGAUGCAUGCGCUGAUGUUGCGUGUUUCAGUUUUCUCGUUGUCUGACGAGUGCGUGAUGCAGUUGUUUAUUUGUGUGUGUGUGUGUGUGUGUGUGUUUAGGUCAGCUGAAAGCACUUGUAAACACACGCACGGGGUCAAGGCGGAGCAAAACGAUGUGGGAGAGAGCUGA